GUGCGGCCACAGUGCAGAGUGGGCGUUUAAUCUGUCUUCUCGUCGAGCUCAUACAUGACUUCACGGUAAACGUUACACAAGUUUGGCAACUUCAAACCGUGAAACCAACCGUCGGCCGACAAACAUGACGGAAAGCUCCGCGAACAAGCUGCUGAACGGGGACGGCUGCCACCGGACCGCCAACGGGAAGAAACCGGGUAAAAAUGGCUUCGUGAAGAAUCACUGCCUGUUUCAACAGACACACAAGUAUCGUCGCCCCAGGGACAAGAACCAAAAUGUCACACACAACCCCAGCCUGUACAAGAAACCGUUUGUGGAGUCGUUUGAGGAGACUCCUCUACUGGUGGCUGUGCUCACUUACAUGGGCUACGGCAUCCUCACUGUCUUCGGCUACCUCCGGGACUUCCUUCGCCACUGGAGCAUCGAGAAGUGUCACGUGGCUCGGGAGAAAGAGGAACAGAAGGAUUUCGUCCCCCUCUAUCAGGACUUUGAGAACUUCUACACCAGGAACUUGUACAUGAGGAUUCGAGACAACUGGAACAGACCCAUCUGCAGCGUCCCCGGUGCUAAGAUGGACCUAGUGGAGAGAGUUUCCCACGACUACAACUGGACCUUUGAGCACACGGGCAGAGUGGUGAAGGAUGUCAUCAAUAUGGGCUCAUACAACUACCUCGGCUUCGCUGAGAACACCGGCGCUUGUGCCGACGCUGCUGUCGAGGCCACAGAAAAGUACGGAGCUGGAGUAGGCAGCACUCGUUGUGAGAUAGGGAACCUGGACAUCCACGAGGAGCUGGAGCAGUUGGUCGCCAGGUUCCUCGGUGUUGAGUCAUCUAUGGCUUUUGGGAUGGGCUUCGCAACAAACUCCAUGAACAUUCCUGCUCUCACAGGGAAGGGUUGUCUCAUUCUGAGUGACGAGCUGAAUCACGCGUCGUUGGUGCUGGGUGCUCGCCUGUCCGGCUCCACCAUCCGGGUCUUCAAACACAACAACAUGCAGAGCCUGGAGAAGAUGCUGAGAGACGCUAUCGCACACGGGCAGCCGAGAACCCACCGACCCUGGAAGAAGAUCCUCAUAGUGGUGGAGGGAAUAUACAGUAUGGAGGGGUCCAUCGUGCGUCUGCCAGAGGUCGUUGCCCUGAAGAAGCGCUACAAGGCGUACCUGUACCUGGAUGAAGCCCACAGUAUCGGGGCCCUGGGGCCAAACGGCAGAGGAGUGGUGGACUACUUCGGCCUGGAUCCCAAAGAUGUCGACAUCAUGAUGGGAACAUUCACCAAGAGCUUCGGUGCUGCUGGAGGAUACAUUGGAGGCAAAAAGGAGCUGAUCGACUAUCUGCGGAGCCACUCUCACAGUGCCCUGUACGCCACCUCCAUGUCUCCUCCUGUGGCCCAACAGAUCAUCACCUCUAUGAGGAUCAUCAUGGGAGAGGACGGGACGACACUGGGUGCUGAUCGCCUCAGACAGCUGUCAGAGAACACAACCUACUUCCGCAGGAAACUCCGUGAAAUGGGCUUCAUCAUCUACGGCAACGAUGACUCGCCUGUAGUGCCCAUGAUGCUCUAUAUGCCUGCCAAAAUUGGGGCAUUUGGUCGGGAGAUGUUAAAGAGAAACAUCGGCACGGUGGUCGUCGGCUUCCCAGCAACGCCCAUCAUCGAGUCAAGGGCACGUUUCUGCGUCUCGGCUGCUCACACCAGAGAGAUGCUCAACACAGCGUUGGAAGCCAUCAGUGAAGUGGGCGAUCUGCUGCAGCUCAAGUACUCCAGACGUGAGCAGCAUCUUCCCUCACUUGGGUGGAUGGCCGAGGAGAGCCUGCUUCAGGACUGAGCCACAUCAUCCCCUUCCUGUCGUCUCCACCACUACACGUCCCUCCUGUACUUCACCUCUUCUUGUCUGACAUCGCUCAUCUUCCUCUGAGCCAGUCUCUGCACCCCACUCCACCACAUCUCCUCACGUCAGACUCACCAGAACCAAAGUCUUCACAGGUCCGCCCCGUUAUGAAACCUGCACACGAGCACCGCCCAUCAGCUGAGACCUGUGCAGCAGAUUUCACUCACAUCAGGCGAAGGACCAGAAUCACCCACAUCUUUCUGUGUGUGUGUGUGUGUCCGUUGUUACAAAGUCUGUUUAGUAUCUUUCAGUUUGUCCUAACCAGUGACUGUAUAUAAAGAUGGACAACACAUCUCCACUUCCUCCUAUUGUACAAAAAUGAAGCCAGAAUAUCCCGGAUACAGCCACUGUCAUCUUGCACUGGUGACGUCUUGCAGUAGUCUGCACAGUAGCGAUCUCCUUGGUAUUGAGUUCUUGCUGUCCGACCAGUCACAAGCAGCACAAUUGAUCAUUAGUACCCCAAUUGGCACACACAGCUGUCAGUCAUGAGGUCACACGCCCUGUUUAUAGCAUCAAAUGAUUAAUUGAAACCAAACUUGUCUGAACAAUUAAGACUUGAAGAUGCAUUAACGUGGUGAGAACCAAAGAUAUAGAAACAUAAACGCCUCAUUGGCGGCUGUAGUCGCCGCCAUGUUGGAGAUAUCAAAACUAGCCUGUAAACAAAUGGUAGUGAACAGGAGCUGUGUUUUUUCUGGAUGAAAAGCACUGUAACGUUUACAUUUCUCAACUGAUUUCAAUGAGACGUUUUUAUAUUGAAGGGUUUAUGAUCUUAAUGAAGUAGAUUCACAAAAGAUUUGUCUCCAGUUUUAGGCUAUAAACACUCUUUGAUAAGAACUACCAAAAAUGAUGGAAACUAUCUUAUAAAAAUGUAUUUGACAUGUUUGAUUUUUUUUAGUUUGACUCGUCCCAUCUGCCGACACAGAGGGGGCGGGGUUUGUGACCUAUACUGCAGCCAGCCACCAGGAGGUGAUCCAGAUAUUAAGGCUUCACUUUAUGGGGGCAGUCAUGUCGUCCGUCUUUAUACACAGUCAGUGGUCCUAACUCAUUGUGACUGCAUCUAACGUCGAGUCUUAUUCCUGUGUGCACAUUGAAUGUGUAUCUUAUUUGUGCAAUAACAACAACUUGGAGUUUCUUUGUAAUCUGACAGAUAUUUGCCAUGAGUCUCUACUCGUGCACUUGGAGAAAAAGAAAUACGAUCAUAGCCGUCACUAUGACAAACACAAGAGGAAAAAAUUAUAUAUGUAAAUAUUAUUUAUCCCUGUCCCAGGGCAGCGUCCCAAACCUCAAAGAGAGAUACGUUAUUUCACAGGAGUAACAUUAACUGAUGUUCUCCGUAUGUAUUUAUCUGAUGGCUUUUUGUUCCUAAUCACUUUUACUUGAACAGAGAGUUUAGAGUAUCGGGUUCUUUCCCUAUAACCAAAGGAUGUAUAUGUAUAGAUAUGUUUUCUACCUUUUCUCUUAAGAUGCAAAGCAGAUGUUCCAAAAGAAAACAUUUAGCAGGGAAAGAAUCCCAGGGAGCAAGACUAAGGAAUAUUUUUUACUGCUUAUUUUCUAGAAAUAUUUUUCAGCCUAAUUUACUGUUUACACCUGCACUCAGAAAACUUGAGCCCAGCGUCUUUAACAUUUCUAUAAGCUAACGAGCUACAUGUGAUUUAUUCCCCCCCCCCCCACUCACUCAAGUGCUUUCAUGUGAAUCAGCGUCGACACGAUCUCUGAGCACGAUGACACGCUGUCACUUAGAUCUGUAUGUAUGACGAUGGCGCGCCCACGCUCAUCUGAUUUACGGACAGCUUUAUUUAUUUAAAACGUCUUUGUCAUCUUUUAUCAACCUUAUUUUUGUGAGACAUUGUUUUUAAUCAGAAAGGCGGCUCCAAAUGUGUCCCAGUGUGUUUUAACCGACUACCUGCGCGUCUUAACUUCAGUGCGAGCACUACUGACAGGCAUCGUACAUGCACGGAUGAUGUAGUCACUGAAAUGUGCAACAUGUGUUUGGGUAUGCUUCCAGUGUUUUUGUUUUUUGUAUUUAUCGUCUGUGGUCGCCUUCUGGAAUGACAUUCCAUAUCAACCUGCUUUCAGUGUCAAGUGUGUUACGUGUCUGUCUGCCUUAUCUGUGUGAGGUCGCCCCAGAAUGUCUUGUUCAUGUGUGUGUGUGUGUGUGUGUGUGUGUUUAUGUUCUGCCACUUUAUUCAUGUGAAUCAGAGUGAAGUCAGUCAGAAAGCCAACGAGACCAUUCCUGUAAAUAAUCAUCAAAGGGGGGUAAAGCUGGGGUACGGGAAAAUCUGGAAAAGGCAAAAAAAAAAAAAAAAAGGCAGAAUUUUAAAGUACACUCUCCUCCUGUAGCUCCUCCCUCUCUGCCAUAGGCCCCUCCCACCAGAUGACUACAGGCAUCGAUUUAUUUAAUUUUAUUUCAUCGUACAGAUGUACGCAGCAUAUUUGCUCAGUCCCUUCUUGCCUCGCUGGCUAGAAUUAGCUAGCUAGCUACCCCGUAGCUUCUCUGCCUCCUUUACUGCUGCUGUCUACCUCCCCUGGAGGAGAGCAGACAGCAGCUCUGGAGACGGCUGUAGCAACUCGAAUUCAGCCAACACAAACCCCCCCCCGUCCUGGGUGUCACUGAGAGCUGGUGGCCAACACAGCACCAGAUCUAACCUGUGUAAGGGCAGCAACAGAAAGUUUGCUGAUCCAGUGCGGAGUCAACUAUGUGGUGUCCUGGAGGUGGCGUUUGCACCAGCUGGAUUUGUGUUACUGCAGCUGCUGACUGGGGCCCGUCCCUGGAGCUGCUGCCCGCUCCCCUCCUGGCAAGGUGGUCUGUAGAGGUGGGGAGUGAGGCGGAGGACACACUAAGAUCCAAGGCGCUAGCUAACGUUAGGUACAAAAACAUGAACUUGAAGCUGCAGUCAUGAGGCUUUAGCUGCGGUUAGCAUCAGGCUAAACUAUAUGUUGGCAGUUGUCGCCAGUGCUCGAACAGCAACUUUCUCCGCCAUUGAAUCAGGCUUUCACCAUCUGAAGUGACGUGCACGCACAUCUGCAUUUGUAGAACAGCCAAUGGGAACGCCCUCUGUCUGAAAUUACCUGUGAUUGGCCAAAGUCUCCCACCACCGGUGACAUUUUUUUAAAGCCUGUAAACGGAGCUAAGAGGAGGAGCAUAAGUUUAAUAUUCUCAGUCCAUUUGUGUUACGACAUGCUUAAAGUUUAUUACAGGAUUUUUUUACCUACUGAAGCCAAAAUUCAAACUGCCUAUCCCAGCUUUAAACUCAAGUUUAAAGAAACCAUUGAUGUUUUUGGCGUUUUUCGCACAGCAGGACAACUUUUUGGGGGUCUCUCUUUUAACUGUACAUCCAUUAGAUAUUAAUUUUAUUGUUGUCUUUGAGUGAGUCAUUCCAAUAUUUUCCACAGAAAAUAGCUUGAAUAACAUCUCUGUGAUGCAUUUGCUUUCAAUAAAUAUAAUAUAAAAGGUGGAACACAUGACUAUGAUCUGGAAUUGCACUCUUCAGAAAUGUGCUCUGACACUAAAGAAAAGAAACUUCUCGUCAAAGUUUCCUCUCAAGCUGUCUGCAGCACCGUGCAGUAUGUUACAUUUCUGUCUAUGGAGGCAAAAAUGUAAUUGCAAACAGCAACGUGACUGUUUCUCUCAGCCAGGUUUCCCUCAUUGAAACUGAGGAAUUAAAGUCAAGAGAGAUUAUCACAAUGUUUGGAGCGCUUUGAUGUAACGUGACGGAGUAUCUACCACAAAUACAGGCGAACUGACCUGCGGUGACCUUCGGAAACUUGCUUAUCAGUCGCGUUUGCCCUUGAAAAUGUAUUUGGGUUGGAGAUAAACCACUUAGAGGAGUUUGUAAAGCCAUGAUGUUUGUCGACCAUGCUGUUGGAAACAGUGCUGCAAAGAUUAAAUCACUUUCUUUGUAUCAA